AUGGGUAAAGUUUCUAAAGCCACCAAGAAGUUUCAAUCGAAACAUUUGAAACGUACCUUGGAUCAAAGGAAAGAGAACAAAGCUCAUAAAAAGAGAAUUCAAGGCCGUCGUGGUAAUAAGACCGAUGAAGAGAAAAGAGCUGCAGCAUUAACUAAGGAAGACCAAAAGUUGAAGAAGUCUGCUAAGGAAGAGGUGUUUAAGGACAUGUCUGUCGAGGAAUUCUUCGAUAAAGGAAUUGAAAUUCCUAAGGAAAACAAGAAAUUGAAGAAAGCUAAGAAAGAUAAGGAAAAUGAUGACGAUAAUUCUUCCUCUGAAGAAGAAGAUAUGGCCACCCAAAUGGCAGACUUAUCAAAGAAUGAUCCUGAAUUUUACAAAUAUUUGCAAGAAAAUGAUAAAGAUUUGUUGGACUUCAAAGGAACCAACCCAUUGGAUGAAGCGGACGAAGAUGAUGAUGAUGAUGUUGAAAAAUUAGAAAUAAACGAAGCUGAACCUGAAAUAGCAAAGAUUGAUUUGACUUUGAAAUUGGUAAAAAAAUGGAAGAAAGACUUACGCGAAACUCCAAACUUAAAACUAUUGAGAAAUGUGGUUAAUGCAUUCAAAGUGGCUGUAAAUUUAAACAAAGACGAAAAUGUGGAAGAUUACAAAUACACUGUCACAGAUGAGAAGGCCUUCCACGAACUAAUGUUUGUCGUUUUGAAAGAUCUUCCUCAGGUUAUUCAGAAAAUGGCACCAUACAAAAAUUCUAAGGGCUCAAGAACCCUAGCAACCGGUACAAAUGUUUCCAAAAUUUCAUCAAUUGUAAAAUCUCAUUCCGCCUCUCUAUUGGUUCUUUUAGGAGAUAUCAAUAAUACUGAAACAGCUGCUUUAGUCCUUCAUUCCGUGGACCAAUUGCUACCAUACAUAUUAUCAUACAGAAGAAUUUUGAAAGAAUUGAUUAAGAUUGUUGUGGAGGUUUGGGCAACUGCUAGAGAUAUCCAAAUUCAAAUUGCAACUUUUGCCUUUUUACAUAAUUCUUCCAAGGAAUUUAAGAAGUCUAUGUUGGAAUUAGUUUUAAAGACAACAUAUUCCACUUUUAUCAAGAGCUGUCGUAAAACAAACGUGCGUAACAUGCCUUUGAUUAAUUUCCAGAAGAAUUCUGCCGCCGAAUUAUUUGGUAUUGACCAAGUUUUGGGUUAUCAAGUCGGAUUUGAAUAUAUUAGACAAUUGGCAAUCCAUUUGAGAAAUACAAUGAACGCAACAACAAAGAAAACAGGCAAAACAAACCCAGCGGAGGCUUAUAAGAUUGUUUAUAAUUGGCAAUUCUGUCAUUCUUUGGAUUUCUGGUCUCGUGUCUUAUCAUUCUCUUGUAAUCCAGAGAAGGAGCAGGGCCAUGAAUCACCAUUAAGACAGCUAAUUUAUCCUUUAGUGCAAGUUACGCUUGGUGUGACUAGAUUGAUUCCAACCCCACAAUUUUUUCCAUUAAGAUUCUAUUUGAUAAGAUCUCUAAUUAGAUUAUCUCAAAACACGUCAGUUUUUAUCCCAAUCUUCCCACUUCUUUCAGAGAUCUUGACUUCAACUGCAUUUACAAAAACUACUUCUAAGAAAAGAGAAAAUUUGGAGGCUUUUGAUUUUGACCAUAACAUCAAAUGUACGCAAGCAUAUUUAGGGACUAGAGUUUACCAAGAGGGUUUAUCUGAACAAUUUGUUGAUUUAUUAAGUGAGUACUUUGCUCUAUAUUGUAAGAGUGUAGCCUUCCCUGAACUGGUUACACCAGUAAUCAUAUCUUUACGUCGUUAUGUCAAAACGUCCAAGAAUGUGAAAUUUAAUAAACAGUUGACUAAUAUUGUAGAAAAGUUGAACCAAAACAAUACAUACAUCCAAGAAAAAAGGUCAGAUGUGGAAUUUAGUCCAAGUAAUAAUGCUGAGGUCAACAGAUUUUUGAACGAUGUUGCUUGGGAAAAAACUCCAUUAGGUGCAUACGUUGUAAUUCAAAGGGAGAUUAAGGAAGAAAAGGCAAAGAUGUUGAGAGAAAGUUUGGAAGAAGAAGAUAGAGAAAAGGAGGAGCAAGCCGCAAGAGAAGCCGAAGAAUCAGACAAUAUGGAAGACGUUGAUAUGUCCGAUUCUGAGUAG